CCAGAUGUCUAUGGUUGACACGCUGGUCUCUCUAUCAGUGAUAAAAAAAAGACGGUGCUCAGUGUUGUUCACAGUGUAGCGAACAUGAUAUGAUCGUAGACGAUCUGUAGAGCAAAAAUGUGUUCAAAUUCUUCUCAAAGUGUAUUAACCUAGUUGAGUCUCUAUAUUUCACGUCUUACAUCCGGUAACGCCUGUAGGCUUUCCGUCAAACGGCCUGCUUUCCAGCACAAAACGAGUGAUGCGCCUAUGCUUAAGGGCUGAAGCUUCAGACUGUAGAAACAAACCUGCCCAAACAUGUCGGGUAGUCGGGCCGAGUCCCGCAAGGAGGCCUUACGAAGGACCGCCCAGCAGGCAUGGCCCGAUGGCUACAUGACAGCCAAAAUACAGAAGCUUGAAAUACAAUUUCAGGCCGAUAAUCGGCAAUUCGAAAAGAAAAGUGAUAUUUUUCAAGGAGUAUCUAUUCACGUUAACGGCUAUACACAACCGCCUGCGGAUGAACUUCGCCGCUUAAUCGGCGUCCACGGCGGCGGUUACAUGAACUAUUUUGUGCGAGGUGCAAAUCAUUUUGUUAUCUGUUGUAAUCUUUCCAAGGCGAAAAAGACAGAUUGGCUAAGGUAUGCGGUAAAGCCGGAGUGGAUUGUGGACUCGAUCAAAGAGGGUCGCAGACUGGCUGUCGCCGAUUAUUAUCUCGAGAAGAAGCGAACGGUGUUCGAUUACCGGCAAGCAGUUGUCCAAACAGAGAUGAACACAUGCGGAACGAUAUCGGACAUCGUUAUUGGCAAGGACGCAGAGGGUCCCCGUCCCGAAAUGGAGAAAAAAGACUUCGUCAAGAAGGAGGAGCCUCGAACAGCAUCCGAUGUGGGCUUUGUUGAGAAGUUUUUCGCUAAAAGUAGACUUUCAUUUAUUGCGAGGAUGAAGGUCAAAAUGAAGGAGUAUCUCAGAACAAUUAUGGAAAAUCCAAGUCAUCACUUUAGUGGCCGUCAGACGCUACAAAACGAAGGUAACUUACAGAAUGAGACUCUGGAAAGUGUUUAUAUGCAUAUAGAUAUGGACUGCUUCUUUGCCUCUGUCGCUAUACGAAACCGGCCAGAACUGAAGCAGAGACCAGUAGCCGUUUGCAGCAAUCAGAAGGCGAAACGCAAGAAUCAAGACCCCAAUCUCGAUCUGACAGACUAUCGAAGUUGGAACUGGCACGAUGCGUCAACUGCUGAGAUCUCAUGUUGUAAUUAUGCCGCCCGGCAAUUCGGCGUACACGCUAGCAUGUACCUUGGCCAGGCGCAAGCACUCUGUCCCGAUCUCGUCAUACUGCCGUACGAUUUCGAGGGAUUUGAAGAGGUAUCUAGAUGUCUCUACGAUGCAGUGGCUUCGUUGACACUGAAUAUCGAAGCGCAAAGUGUAGACGAGCUAUUCGCUGAUGUUAGCGAUGUUAUUGAAGAUACGCACUGCACUCCUGAAGAUAUAGGGAAGUAUUUGAAGAGUACGAUCCUAGAGAAGACUGCAUGUACUUGUACAGUUGGGAUGGGCCCUAAUAUGUUGAUCGCGAGGCUAGCAACAAAGAAAGCAAAACCGGAUGGUUUCUGCUAUAUUAGUCAAGAUCAAGUAGCUGAAUUCGUGUCUGAUAAAAAAGUCAGUGACAUUCCGGGAGUUGGUGACUCCACUGAAAUUAAGUUACGAGAUCUUGGCAUCACAACAUGUCUUGAGUUGCAACAUGUUCCACUUGCGGAUCUAAAAGAGUUGAUAGGAGCUAAUCAAGCACGUAAACUGGUUGACUUAGCAAAAGGUAUUUGCAAUCGAACGAUUAAAGACGCACGUACAACUCAACAAAAAAACAUAUCGGUUGAGAUUAAUUAUGGCAUGCGUUUCAAGCAAAUCAGCGAAGUCACGAAUUGUCUUAAUGAACUUGCUGAUGAGGCCCACAAGCGUUUGCAGAACUCCAAUUUAGCAGCAGAAGUGCUUCGUUUGAGAAUUCUAGUCCGACAUCCAGACGCGCCGGAGGAAACAAUGAAGUAUCUUGGCUGUGGCAUGUGCGACCAGCUGGCUAAAUCAGAAACGUUUAAAAUACCUAUCACAAGUAGGGAUAUGAUAGGUGAUAGCGUUCAGAGUCUCUACGCAAAACUGAACCCAGUUAUAAAAGAUAUUCGCGGUUUGAGUAUUACCCUUUCAAAACUGACUUCCGUUCAAAAGGUUCCUAAGAUUUCAAACAUUGAGGCAUUUCUUGGGCGUUCAGUUAAACCUGAUCUACCAACUCUUCGCACUGAAAGUGCCAAUCUGCACCCAGAUCCAUCUUUUAGGCAGGAACGGACGGCGAAUAAUGGAUCCCUUGAGAUAUAUAUCUUGUCAAGUACCGAAGAGUCCGGUGGAGAGGACUGUGCUGCGUUAUUGGACGAACCACGUCCAAGGGCCGCUGUAACUACCAAAAAAAAACCGACUUUUAGUAAAAAGCGAAGCAAGUUGAAGUUAAUUUGCAAGAAAGGAAAGAAGGCUAAAAAACGUGGCCAAUUAGAUAUACGAAGAGUGAUUGAGUUUGGCAAGGAGACUCGAGGCAAAUUGGCUGCAGUUCGUCCACGAAAAUUGCUUGAACUUCCGGCAAUGGCACACGCAUCUGCAAUCAAAUUAGAUAAAGUAAAACAAUGUGAAAGGGAUUCAUCAUCAGUUCGUGAAGGCUUGGUUGCAUCAUUUGGACCGAAAAAACUCUUCCAUUUAUGUCGCUUGCUUCACGAAUGGCUAAAUAGUUCUAUGUUACCGACUGAGACGGACAUCUCUGCCUGGAUUACUUCUUUACAACAAGUUGCUAUAGAAGAUCCACGAUCCUGUACUGCCCUACUGAGGUGUAUGUUUCGACAAGCACGAAAGGCUUCCUCCAGCUCUAAUAUCUGGACCACCACUUGUGACAGAAUUCGAAGAGAUAUACAGAUUUUUGUCGAUACGAAAGUCGCUAAUGGAGAUCUCUGUAUUCAGCUGUGAUUGAGACUAGAGUACACCCGUAAUGAAUAAAAAAAAUUCUAUAGCAACUACGCAAAACAGACCUGUCUUAAGUGACACGGUUCGAGCCAUAGAUUGCCGGCUCGUUCACUACCUCUAGCACUCGCUUUCUAGCUUAAGAUUUGUGGCACGUGAACAAAUCUGUUACCUCCCUAUUUAUACUCCCUAUAUAUACUCCCUAUAGAGUGCUUUUGCACAUUCCAGCAUGCUUUAAAUAUAUGCGAUAUGUAGAUAUAAUAUGGAUUAGAUAAUGCUUCUGAUGUAGGUUCGUUGUUGAUUAUCAUGUUAUAAAU